AUGUAUUCGUCUCCCGCCUCCUCUUUAUCUUCUCCUUCGCUCUCCUCCCCCGAUACGGCUUCACUACCCGACACACCUCCUGUCCAAUCCACUACAUCGCUGCCUCUCCUUCCUCCGCCUCUCAUUACUGCCGCUUUACUCGACCAAUCACGUCCAAAACGCGACUGCCGCCCCUUCCCCCCUAUGACCGUGCUUGACCACACUGGCCCACCGUCGCCCAUGGAUCAACGUCCUUACAUCUCUCGUCGGGUUUCCUACCCUUCGUUGCCGCCACCCCCGCCACGCAUUGACCCAUACCUUUUGCCUUCGAUCUCUUCGCUUAUGCUCGCACCGGCUUCUCCUUGGGACUAUAGUGCUCAGCUACAAUUUGCUCUCAACAGUGCCCAGACCGGGCCCUACCUCCAUCCCUUUGGUCGUGGACACCAACACUACCAAGCUCACAUGCAGCCCGGUGGCCACAUCAUCCCAGGCGUCGGCGCCGGGAUGGGCCGGGACCUCGAGCACCACCACCCUGGCGAGCAUAGCCUAGCUGGGCUCCUGGGAGGAAACCGCAAGCGUCCCAAGUACACUAGGAGCAAGACUGGAUGCCUGACAUGUCGGACCAAGAAAAUCAAGUGCGAUGAAACAAAACCCAUCUGCACCAAGUGCGUGCACGGCCAGCGCGAGUGUACUUGGCCAAAGGACGUCCAAGUUAAUCCGUCGGCCACCUCGUCAGCGCCAAGCUCGCGCCCGUCUCCUACCACCAGCACACCUCAACGAUCACCAUCACGGCCAGGUCCGAGUUCCGACCUCUCGCGAUCAAACUCCGCAAAUGGCCGUCGCGCCGGUAGCAAUUUCCUAUCCAGCUCAGAACGCGGAAGCAGUAGUGCUGGUACACCGUCAAGAGAGACUAGCCCGCAAGAGCGACUAGACUCUCAUACACGCAACUCCACUGAGUCUCGUACGCCUGGGCUCCUUGUCCCUCACUCAGGCUCGUCGCUCUCGGGGCUUACCUCCGGGGCCGACCCCUUAAGUUUUCCUCAACCUCUCGACAUGACGUCCUUUGGUAACUCAGGGGUGGACUCGUUCCCGCUUUCGGCUCAGUUCGGAAGUUUACCCAUGGGAUACAGCGACCAACUGUCCAUGCUCAACCAGCCACUGAGUGUUGAUAACCCUGCUUCAUAUUCCCCAUGGGGGCCGUCGUCGUACGGCAAUGGCAGCAGCCCUAUCGACACUUCCACCGCAAAUGGACAAUGGAGUGCAACUCAAAUCAACUACUCACAAACCCAGACCCGAUCGCGCCGUUUUUUAGGAGUGUUCAAGAAAGAAAUCUGGUGCUUGUCUCUCCCUCUUCUUACUAUUAAUUUUCCUUGA